CGUGCAUCCUUUGCGCCUAAUGUUGGAAGCAGACAUUACCAGCUAAUGUCUAGACUGUCCUUUCUUUAUUUCUUAGCUGCACUUAUUGUAUCUUCUGUGUGCUGUCAGUUAGCCAUUGUUAUUACAACUACCACUAGGGCGACUUGAAAACGCUUUGUUGGCACACUGCGGCACCUGGUGGCUAAAGGAUAAACCUGCAAAACAUUAGCCUUCCCAUUUUAGCUUGUCCCUUUAUUUGGGAAAGUUGGUGCUUAAAAUGCGGGGGGAUGCCUUUAGAUAACGCCAGACUCUUCCUUAAGCUGUUCUCUUUUGCAUGUUUACUCAACACUCCGCUCCACUGUAUUCAAGGGGAUUAUUCUCAGAGGAGUCAGCAGAGGAUUGCAGCUUUCGCAAACAUCCAAGUCUUGCAAGGAAGGGGAUCUAACCUCUUUUCAGCGCUCAAAAUGGUAUCUCAUAGUGGAUUUUUAUUCAGGCAGAUCAAUUACUGUGCACAGUGCCUGGGGUUGGGAAACAAGAACGAUCCUGCAGGCUCCCCAGCUUUGUCAGAGAGAGACUCUAGCCAGCAACAUCUCGCAAACCCAGCCCUCUGCUAGCUGAUUGGAAGCGGGCUGUUCCGGGGCUUCUCAGGGCAAUCACUUCCUGCUCCUCCCCUGGCUCGGCUUGCAGCAGCCUUUUGAGGUGUCCGUGGCUAGGACUACUUUGCAGCUCAAGUUGCUUUGGCGCUGCUUUCAAACCCCUAGCGCGCAGCAGCGAGUGGAGGGACGCAGAAAAGAAAUCGUCGCGAAAUACUUUCUCAGCCCAAGCCUACAGGAAGAUGUCAGAGCUACCUAGAAGAGCUAGAACAACAGCAAAACCAGCUGUACCAGAAGAUGAACUGCCUUCCUUCCUUAUAUCAUCUUCAGAAUCAGAGGAAGAUCAGCAUGAAGAGGAGUGGGAGCCCAAAAAGAAAGUUACAAAGAGAGCCCGGAUGCCCAAAGCGAAAGCGACCACACCAAAAAAAGCCACCGUAACCCGGAAGAAACCAGCUGUGGCUAGUAAAAAGAAUCGGAAGGCAGUAGUGAAAGAGGAGCCAGAUACCUCUUUCCCAGUUUCUGCUCCUGGAGGUCAUGAAGGAGGGUUGCAGCCUAAAGAAGAGGAAGAUGCCAAGCUGAGAUCUCCUGUUAAACCCCGCACAGUUCCUCCAGUGAAAAGAUCCGGUGCAGUUCAAGGGCUUCCUGCCCAUGGUCUGGAUAAUACCGGAGUUACUUCAACAAGUACUGUGGCAUCAGAAAAGAAAGUGAAGGCAGAAAAGUCUGAAGAAGACUUUACAUUUGAUGAGCCUCCUUUAAAAAAAUUAAAAUCAGCAACAUGCCCUCAGGGAAAUCCUGUAAAAUAUGCAGCGAGUGCCAAAAUGGAUGAAGACCAUAACAUGCACUGGGACAUAGUGCAGGUCUUGUCACAAAGGACUGGUAUUGAAGAAUGGGUGUGUGCAAACAUCAUCCGCCUUUUUAAAGAUGACAAUACUAUUCCCUUCAUUGCCCGCUAUCGAAAGGAGCUGAUCAACAAUCUGGAAGCCGAUGCCUUGCGAGAGGUGCAGCAAACGAUGGAGGAGCUACACACUGUAGCAAAAAAGGUUCAUGGUGCCAUACAGAAGCUAAAGAAAGAAGGAAAACUGACAACAAACCUUUUGAAUGCUUUGUUAAACUGCAAAACUUUGGAGGGGCUGGAUCAUGUGUAUGCACCAUAUAAAACUGGAAGUAAAGGUACCAAAGCCCAAAGAGCCAGGCAACUGGGAUUAGAACAUGCAGCCAAUUUGCUCAUUGAAAACCCAAGAGAACUCAAUCUGCAUUCUUAUGUCAAGCCCAGUGUGGAAGGACUUUCGGAUACUGAGGAAGUAAAAUCUGGAGUACAGCACAUCUUGGCUGACAUGGUUGCUAAAGAUAAAGAUACGCUGGAUUUCAUCAGAGAUUUGUGCCAAAGGAAAUACAUUUGCAUGCAGUCAUCUUUGUCGAAAGUGACCUCCAAAAAGGUCAAUGAAAAAGAUGUCAACAAAUUCCAUCUAUACCAGAAUUUUUCUUGCAAUAUAAAGAACAUUCAGCAUCACCAGAUUCUAGCCAUUAAUCGAGGAGAAAAUCUGAAAAUUCUGACAGUGAAGGUCAACGUUCCUGAUGGAGUGAAGAAUGAAUUCUGCAGGUGGUGUGUAAAUGAAAGGUGGCGACCAAAAGCCUAUGCACAGCCAGAAUUAAUGGAGAUGCUGCGUUAUUCGGUAGAAGACUCAUAUAAGCGCCUUAUUUAUCCUCUCCUCUGCAGAGAAUUCAGAUCAAAGUUAACUUCGGAUGCAGAGAAGGAAUCUGUAAUGAUGUUCGGCAGGAACCUGCGCCAGCUGCUUCUUAUGAGUCCUGUGAGAGGACGAACUUUGAUGGGAGUUGAUCCUGGCUACUCACAUGGCUGCAAGCUGGCAAUAAUUUCGCCAACCAGUCAAAUACUCCAUACUGAUGUUGUCUACUUACAUUCUGGCAAAGGAUUCCGUGAAGCUGAGAAGAUCAGGAAACUUCUGCUGGAUUACAACUGUGGUACUGUUGUGAUUGGCAAUGGAACGGCUUGCAGAGAAACAGAAUCUUACUUCGCUGACCUAAUUAUGAAGAGAUACUUUGCGCCUUUGGAUGUCUCUUACUGCAUUACCAAUGAAGCAGGAGCCUCUAUAUACAGCGUUAGUCCAGAAGCUUGUAAGGAGAUGCCAGAUUUAGAUCCUAACCUACGAAGUGCAGUUUCCAUAGCUAGACGUGUACAGGACCCAUUAGCUGAGCUAGUGAAAAUUGAGCCCAAACACAUUGGAGUUGGAAUGUAUCAGCAUGACGUAUCACAGACCUUGCUCAAAGCGACCCUGGACAGUGUGGUGGAGGAGUGUGUCAGCUUUGUCGGAGUCGAUAUUAACAUCUGCUCAGAAAUAUUGUUAAGACAUAUAGCAGGAUUGAAUGCUAACAGAGCCAAAAAUAUAAUUGAAUGGCGAGAGAAGAAUGGCCCAUUUGUUAAUCGGAAUCAGCUCAAAGAUAUCAAAGGACUAGGCCCAAAAUCAUUUCAGCAGUGUGCUGGCUUUAUCAGGGUCAACCAAGAAUACAUCAGAACUUUUUGCAGUCAACAGGGUGAGCUUGCAGCUGGGGGUCAUAAGGCAGCCGCAAAUGAGAAACCGGGUAAAAAGAAAGCCAAAGCGGCAGCAAACAUUGUUCAGCAGCCAAAUCCUUUGGAUCAGACUUGCGUCCACCCAGAAUCAUAUGAUAUUGCAAUGAGGUUUUUAACUCUCAUUGGAGGAAAUCCCAGUGAUAUAGGAAAGCUGGAUAUGCAGCAAAAGGUGAAUGCUAUAAUUGAAAAGGAAGGGAUGGACGGAAUAGCUAAAAUGCUCAAUACAACAAGACAGACACUUCAGAUCAUCACUGAUGGCCUGACUCAACCUGAAGGCUUUGACAUCCGGAAAGAUUUUGAUAAACCUGAUUUCAAGAGGAGCAUCGUCUGUCUUGAAGACUUAAGUGUUGGAACUAUUUUAACAGGGAGAGUUGAGAACGCUACUCUCUUUGGUGUUUUUGUUGAUAUUGGAGUUGGUAGAGCAGGACUGAUUCCAAUCCGGAACAUAACAGAAGACAAACUUUCAAAAGCAAAGAAGAGAAGAAGUCUCGGCCUGGGCCCAGGAGAAAAAGUCGAAGUCAGAGUGCGUGAAAUUGACAUCCAGCGAUCCAGGAUAACAUUGGACCUCAUACGUGUUUUAUAAGUGGUUUACUUGUGCCUUUCAUUUGAUAUUUUCUAUAAUUUCAUAGGAUUUCAACAUACAUUUUCUAUAAUUUCAUCAUAAUGAGCAGAAUGGAGCUGAAAAAGUAGGCCAAUUCAAAUACUUGACAGCCCCUAUAUCUACAGGAGUGUGUCAGACUGCCUAUGGCAUCACAACCAGGCCAAAGUCAUGUGGAGGCUCCAAUUUGUAUGAUUAAUGGUGUGGGGCAUAUUAAGUGACUGCAGCAAUGCAUACUGUUCUGACAUUGUUUCUCCAUGUUGCCUUGAUUAUACAAAUCACAGGGGCUGCAUAUGUAAACUGCUUGUGGAGGUGCCAUUCUAAGAAUGUGCAUGGAACAGGACUUGCGUUCUGUUCUGAGCUUGUAAUGGAACACUUCUUCAGAACAACUGGUCGACCGGGUUGUUCCGAGGGAACAAGCUUGGGAGUUUUGAGUGUUCGGAACGCCAUUUCAGAGCCAUGUUUUUCCCUUGCUAACUGGUUUUGGCACUGGCUUCCGAUUGGCUUGCAAUCUCCUUGCUUCUUGGUUGGCUUGUUAUCAUACAAAUUAACUUGAUUUGUAUGAUAACAAGCCAACCAAGGAGAUUGCAAGCCAAUCGGAAGCUAGUUCCAAAACCAAUCAGCAAAGGGGGGAAACCCCUCUAAAAUGGCGCUUGGAACACUCAGAACGUUCCAACUUGGAAGGGGGUUCCAUUCUGAGCUCAAAACAGGCCCUGCAUUUGAAGAGUGUUCUGUUUUGAGCGUGAAACACUCAAAAUGACCUGUUUCAAGUUGUUUUGAGCUGGAAGCGUUCUGCACAUCCCUACCCCAUUCUAUACAGUUGGUUCAUACACAGUCUUGUCACUGUAUGAAUUUGCUGGUGACCUACACACUCUCACAGGCAAUUGUAGAAUGGGCCAUCAAGCAACUGAACUGGGCCUUAGUUCCUCUAAUAGAAAGAAAUGAGUCAAUCUAGCAAUCUAAAAUUGGCAAAUUGUGGUUUAAUCUACAGGUUAUCCCAGAAUAUUUUGAUUUGAAUGGUUUCCUCUGGCUUCCUUUUCCAUACCCGUGUCUUUAAGAUGUAAGGAACCAAACAAAAAUAUAAUGCUGGAACAAUUAAGCAGGAGCUUGGCACUUGGAACCUAUGGACAUCCAGAACUCAUUGGCAAGCUCCAAAUGUUGCAUUCUGACAUUAUGAAGGUUCAUGUCUUUGGUCUUUUCCCUCUUCCCACCCACCCCUGGUUUUCCUAUUCGUGUUUUCAACCAUGUCAGGAGGGAUCUCGCUUAGGCCUUGUUCUCACUAAUGUAGGGAAUUUCUGUCUAGACUGUAGAACUUCAAACUUUCAUGUAGCGCUUGCCUGAAUGAAUACCUCUUCAUGCAAAAAAUGUCCUUGAAUACAGAAAACUAAAUAUCAAGGAAAAGCUUUCUAGCUGUGUGGCCAUCUUGACACCCUAAUUCUCUAUAUAGGGUGUUAAAAAAAAAUAGAGGAAAAUUAAGUCAUGUAACUCCCCCCUUAGCGUAGUGUGAAGAGGUAGCACUUAUAGUUUCAUCACCUCAGUUUUCACUAGCCAACAUGUGUUUAUUUUUAUUUAUUUAUUUCAUUUGAGAUAUGUAUAUACUGCAUUUGAAGGUGAGAUCUUGAUUGUUCUGAGCAGAGUAAUAGGUUACUUACCAGUAGAUAACACCUCACCUGCUUUAUUAUAGGUAGGAUUUGCCAUUUGUUAUCUUCAUCUCUUUUUCAUCUUCAGAAAAGAAUGGUCCAUGGUUCUCUCUCUGCGAUGUUUCUUUAGAAGAAGUUUUUAC